AUGACAUAUUCGCCUUCUCAAAAUCGCCUCUGGCUCAGAGCCCUGCUGUUGCUCGCCACCCUGUCGGGUAUUUUGUCAUCGGCUGUGGCCAAGGAGAUCCCGCCGUAUUCAGGCAAAUACAACGUCGGCGCAACCAAACAGGUCAUUGCCAUCAGCGAGCCAGAUGUAUUUGCCCCCGGGAACGACGAAGGCUCCGACUCGCCCACCCUGCUUUUCGGACCGGGCCUGGGAGGCCCGCCCUGCGAGUGCUACACCCUCCUCCUCUCUGAGCUGGCAUCCAAGGGGUUCACCGUCGCCGCCUUGGACCACACGUACGAGCAGCCAUACGUGCUGUACCCCAACGGCAGCGAGUACUACGGACCGCCGCUCGAGCACGUCUGGAGCACCGAGGAGGCGCUGGCCGCAAUCGAGCACCGCAUAAACGACACCUUCGCCUUCAUCGACGCGUGGCCCAAGCUGGCUAGGAAGCUCGGUUUCGCGUCCACGACGGACAGAUUUGGGACGUUCGGCCACUCCGUCGGCGGCGCGACCGCCCUCGCGUUUGCGCAGCGGGUGGACCAGAGCUUGGUCCCUGCGGGCAUCAACCUGGACGGUGCGUUCUUGGGGAAGCUGGACAGCCCGGCUGCUGACGUCGAGCGCCCGUCUCUGCUGCUCGGCUUCGAGGGACACGCUAGCACCCACUACGACUUGAGUUGGGACACGUACACCGAGGCGCAGUCGAGCUGGUGGCGCGUCAUAGAGGUCAACGGGACUCGGCACCAGGACUGGAGUGACAUAACGUUCUGGAAGGAGCUGGACCCCCCCGUGCAGACUACCACUGGGAACAUAAGCGGCGAGAGGAUGGUUGAGGUUGAGACGUCACUUGUUGCUGGGUUCUUCGACUGGACGCUCUGGGGUAAGGAUCAGGGUGAGCUAUUUGACGAGCCUGAUCUGUUUUACCCGGAAACCGUCCUCGUUUCUGGAGCAGAUGCCACGGUGGAAGAUUUACUGGGACGAUUGGACUCAUAUUGA